AUGGACCCCGUAUUUCAGAUGACCAUUUGCCUUAUGGUGAUGAAUAUUGAUGGAGCAGUCUUUAUUCCGGCAGGUGAUGAUUGGAUCAAGAGCGAAAAUGAAGAGGACGCUCCCCAUCGACUGGAUCAUGAACCAGAGGAUCCCAACAAGCCAUCUAAGACAUUAUGGGAGGAGAGCGAAGACUUCCUGGAUUCCGAGCAGCCCAAAAGCCACAAGAGGGACUUGGAGACCCCUCGGAAUACGUUCUCUGGGGAAAUUUGUUUUGACUAUGAGAACGGCCCUGGGAGGGUCUACCCAAAUGACAGGCCGUUUAAGUGCGAGGUUUGUGAGAAAAGCUUCCGCCACAGUUCGAGCCUGCUUACCCAUCGGAGGCUCCAUACAGGGGAAAAGCCUUACAAAUGCACUGAUUGCGGGAAAAGCUUUAACACCAGUUCGGCCCUCAUAGUACACCGCCGGACCCACACUGGGGAGAAAUCUUAUGUGUGCUCCGACUGCGGGCGGUGCUUCAGCGAAGGCUCAGUGCUCAUCAAGCACUGGCGAAUCCACACGGGGGAGAAGCCUUACAAGUGCACGAUAUGCGGGAGGGGCUUUCGCCAGAGCUCACAACUCCGCGCCCACGAGAGGACCCACACGGGUGAAAAACCCUACGAGUGCCCGGACUGCGGGAAAUGUUUCAGCACCAGCUCGAACCUCUCUGCCCAUCAGAGGACCCACACUGGAGAGAAGCCCUACAUAUGCACGGAGUGUGACCGGCGCUUUGGCCAUAAGUCCCAUCUCAUCUCCCACCAGAAAACCCACACGGAGAAACUGCAUGCUUGCCCCGACUGCCCGGCGAGCUUCCGCAUGAUCCACCAGCUCCUGGUCCAUCGCAAAUCCCACCAGGAGGAGAGGCGCUACAAAUGCCUCCUCUGCGGGAAGACCUUCAGUUACAGCUCGGCCCUCCUGGCCCAUCAGAGGAUGCACACGGGCGACAGGCCGUUCAAGUGCCUAGAGUGCGGGAGGAGUUUCAUUCGGAAUUCAGACUUGAACAAACACCAAAGAAUCCACACGGGCGAGAAACCGUAUGAGUGCCCUGAGUGUGGGAAGAGGUUUAACCAGAGCUCGCACCUGGUUAGCCACCGAAGAGUCCACUUCAAAAACGCUGCAAAAAAUUCAGGUGCGGACCCAGCCACUCCAGUGCAGCAAGAGACAGAGUCUUUCUGAAGAUCAGCCUC